GUUUAAAACGCGAUAACGUUUAUCCUCACCCGUUGGUGUUGCAGUGGUAGUGUUCGUAUUGGUUGCUAUCAUUACACCACUGUACCAUAAAGUUCAUAUUACUCAUCAGAAAAGUUGUAAUGCGUUUCGAUGUAAACCUAUAUAAUGUUGUGAUUACUGGGUUGGCGUUUUUCUUCCUUUUUGCUGCGUUUCAAACAGCAUCGUUGACUGCACAAAAUGCUUUAGAAGCUGUUUUUAAACAAAGUAAUCAUACUUUCGAUGAUGCGGGUUAUACAAGUCUAGCAAUUGUAUACAUUUCUUUUGGUAUAUUCAACUGGUUUGCACCAAUUGUUGUAAUAUAUUUAGGGAAAAAAUAUUCUAUGAUUGCUGGUUCGGUUUGUUAUGCAUUUUUCAUUGCCUCUUUUAUUGAACCACGUGAAUGGAGUUUAUAUUUGUCGUCCUUGGUUAAUGGAAUUGGUGCAGCAGUUUUAUGGACUGCUCAAGGUGCUUUUAUUACAGACUGUUCGAAUAACUUUAACUUAAAUCAACAUUUUAGUCUGUUUUGGGCAUUAUUUCAAGCAAAUCAAAUAGUUGGUGGUUUGUAUGCCUAUAUCUCAUUAUCGAAUACCACCGAAAUCUCCGAAACAUUGCGUAUACAACUGUAUGGUGGAUUGUUAGGAUGUGCGAUAUUUGGAAUAUUAUUACUUCUCUUAUUGAAAAAACCAAGAAAGGUUGACUCAAGUGAUAUGCCAUCAGAUUUAGAAAGAGAUAAUAUUGGUAGUUCGGAUGAAUUGACUGAAAAUUAUUCAAGAACACAAAAUCGCUUAACGGUAUUUCAGUCUACUGCACAAUCUUUACGUCGAUCAGUUGAAAUUCUAAUGACUAAACCAAUGAUGUGUAUACUUGUGGCAGCAGCAUUCACUGGCAUUAAUCUAACAUUUUAUUCAAGUCUUUAUGCUUCAGCAUUGGGGCAUUGUUUACAUUUUGGUAAGAAUGCCAAAUCUUAUAUCGGAUUAGCCGGUUUAUUCAUUGGGAUUGGAGAAAUUGUCGGCAGUUUUUCUUCUCGGUUAAACCGAUGGAUUCGUUUAGAAGGGAUUUUAGUCGCCUUUGGUUAUGCUACUGCAGUUAUCGCUGGUUAUUUCACCUAUAUGAUGCUACCAGCUAAUAGUCCUAUGAUGGAUACUGAUGAUGCUACUUAUAUAACACCAAAUGUCUAUUUAGCUAUGUUCUUAGCCUUCCUGUUUGGAAGUGUCGAUUCUGUAUGGAAUACACAAAUAUCUGCUUUGAUUGGAUAUAUUUAUGGGAAACACGGAACCGACGUUACAGUUUGCUUUGCUUUAUUCAAAUCUAUUCAGUCUAUUGUCUCGGGGAUUGCGUUCGUGUACAGCACCUACCUACUAUUACACUGGCAAAUACUCAUUUUUGUUGUUGUGGCUACUAUUGGUGUGUAUUGCUUACUCUGCGUCUAUUGGUCACAUCCUUUACAUACAAUAGCUGUUGCCUAGUUAACCAACCAAUCAAGACAGAAGUUUGUACUUUCUCACUCUCUGUAGUUGCUCUGGAACUUAAUAAUUCUUCUUUUAUUCUCUAUAUUUUGUAAUAUUUACUUUGUUUAUUGGAGGAGAGUUGAAUUUGAUUAAAAAUGCAUUACAAUAACCAUACAUAUCACAUCGUUCUCUGUUUUUCUUGUUGUAAUAAAAAUCUAUGUACCUAUCUGGGUAUUGAAAGUCAGCGUGAAUCUCAUUAACAGUAUGUAUGCUAUCAAAAAGGACCAGUCAGAUAUACCCUAUUUGAGC